GCUUGAACCACGGUGUGAACUAUAGUCGUGGAUAGAGAGGCGUCACGCUAAUGACAGAUUUUCUUUCCUGUCGUCGUCGUUGAUGGAUCGUCGUCAAUUUUUUCUAGGAUUUGCGUUGAAGUGUGAAAUUUUCAAUGUAGGAAUUAUAAACCAGUCUGUGACAAAAUAUGACAGUUGUGUGCAUUUCAGUGUUAAAGAUGGACCAUACAGCAACUUCACAAUUAACAUUCUUAAAUGGAUCUGUAAUCUUACUCUUAUAUUAAAGUGAAAGGAAAAAAAUUGAGCUUAAGAAUUAUUCAAUUGUCUUAUUCUAUAUCUUAUUAAAUAAUGGAACAAGUUUCAUCAAAACAAUUCCUGAAGAAACGAUGGAGACCUCCUCUUCAGGUAUUUGGAGUUGGUUUAUCUUUGGUCUUUUUUCUGUCUUACUUUUACUCUACGUCGAUCAUUAUCGAACAAACUAGUCCUAGCGGUGAAUGGAAAAGGUUUUGGGAUCUCGAAGAAACGGAGCUAGAAUACAAUCUCGUGCUUUCUAGACAUCUGUUACAAUCCGCAAGCCAAAAUGCUAGUGAGCCAACUAAAAAACCGCCUCAGUUUCCAGAAGAUUUGUUCUCUGAGCAGCAACGUAAAAAUGGAGCAGUGGUCUUUCACGUUUUUGGACUUGUCUACAUGUUUGCCGGAUUGGCUAUCGUCUGCGACGAGUUUUUUCGCCCUUCUCUAGACGUGAUCACUGAGAAACUUCAAAUAUCCGAGGAUGUAGCGGGUGCAACCUUCAUGGCAGCUGGAGGAAGUGCUCCCGAACUCUUCACCAGCAUCAUCGGGGUUUUCAUCUCGUUUGAUGAUGUCGGAAUCGGCACUAUCGUGGGAUCAGCUGUCUUCAACAUUCUAUUUGUAAUUUCCAUGUGUGCCAUUUUCAGCAAAGACGUACUGCAACUGACAUGGUGGCCUCUCUUUCGAGAUGUCACUUUCUAUUCCAUCAUAUUAAUCAUUCUCAUGGUAUUUUUCAAUGACAAUGUAAUUUUCUGGCACGAAGCCUUGAUUCUUUUUCUAUGUUACCUUGCUUACGUGUCCUUUAUGAAGUUCAACUCUCAAAUCGAACAGUUUGUUAAGCGGAUUUUAAAUAGAAACAAAGUAAAGAAAGUAGGAAGUACCGAUCAUUUGAUGCCAGGACUGGGAAGAAGGCGAGUGAGUCGACCUAUUCUUCAUGCCGGCAGCAAAUUUCGCCAAGGUCUACUACAGUUGAUGAUACAUUCUAUCGACCCCCUGCACGAUGGAAAAUUAGAUGAGAAAGCGUCUCAGCUGCACGCCAUAGCCUCCUUGCGUGUUCUACUGGAAGCAACAAAACCCCGCUGUACGGGAAAAUCGAACGGUAGUAUUGUAACUCACGGAGCGCCAUCUGGUGGUAACCUAUGCUCAGCAUGCGCUACCUGUCCGACAUGUGUAGCCUACACCAAUUGUUCUUCUACAAAGGUGCAUCCUGUAACAAUAACAGUUUCUUCAACAGACGUCCAUAAUUAUGUGACAACAGUUGACACAGGAACCUCUUCUGUAGAUGAAAUCGAUCUUGGUGAACAAAGCAAAGAGUCCCAGAGUAACAGACAGCUAGAACAUAUGGUGUCUCUCACGUCUUUGUCCGGCAGUGACUACAACGAAAUCACUCAAGAUCUGGGCCAGAUGUCCAGAGAAGCUACCGACAUAAGGAGUGUUGGGAAGACCGAAUAUAAUACCGGGGGUAGUUCACCCAGUAACUUAUGUACAAUAACUACCGACUCUGGACCAUCUGCUGUUCUCGAGUUAUGUCCGGAGACUCAGCAAUCGGAAGAAAUCCUAGAACAAGAAAAACCUUUAGACAUCAGUUGGCCCACCACCUGGCGGAAAAGACUAAACUACAUUCUUAUGGCGCCAAUUAUCUUUCCUUUGUGGCUCACCCUACCGGACGUUCGCCGAAAGGAGAAACGCAAGUGGUUCCCCAUAACGUUUAUAGGAAGCAUUAUUUGGAUCGCUUUUUUUUCCUACCUGAUGGUUUGGUGGGCUUCUUUGACCGGUGAAGCUGCAGGAAUACCAAAUGAAGUAAUGGGUUUGACCUUUCUUGCUGCUGGCACCAGCAUCCCGGAUCUUAUUACAAGUGUUCUGGUUGCACGCAAAGGAUUAGGUGAUAUGGCCGUUUCCAGUUCAAUCGGAAGCAACAUAUUUGAUGUUGCCGUAGGUCUUCCUGUUCCGUGGCUUCUGGCAUGCUUUAUUUUCGGACCAGUUACAGUCAGCAGUACAGGCAUGACUUGUUAUGUAUUACUCUUAUUUCUCAUGGUUCUUUUUGUCAUUAUUUCCAUUGCUGGAUUCAAAUGGCGUAUGAACAUUGGUUUAGCUUGUGUGAUGUUUUUCCUGUACUUUGUUUUCAUUGCUUUGUCUUUACUUUUAGAAUAUGGAAUUAUUUCUUGUGCAGCCAUUAUGGGUCCUUUUGGAGGAGGGUAAAAUCAAAAUAGAUUAUACGUCUUUAACUUAAUAAAUUAAAUAGCGGGUAUCGUUUUCAGACUUUUCAGUAGUAAGGUGUAACAAAGAUUCACAUGUAAAAUUAAUUUUUUUAUCGUAACAAUGAGAGAUUUUUUUCACAGUUACAGUUAACAAUAGAAGAGCUUUAAUCCGUGACACUUGGAAGUUUUCAACUGGUUGAAUAAAGAUAUCAGAUGAAUAACAUAAUAUCUCUGAUUUUAAUUUUAAGGGAAUGAAAGAUACAUCUUAUAUCACUUAUGAAUUAAAGGAAAUUCCUUUUCGUUUCUUAUUCUACUCUAUGUUUUGUCUAAUGGUGUAAUUUUUGGAAUAAAACGUGUUUGAUUAGGAAGAAAUCUCAAACCAACAAGCGUUUACAAUAACAAAAGUAUGUGAGUUUGAACUAACCUUUGUUCUUCUUAGAUAUAAUCAUGAUACGAUUGAACAGAAAUUCAACAGUCCAGUUUGUGAACAUCCCAAACAUUUUGUUUCAAAAUCGUACAAAACAGUAAAGAUUUAUAUUAGAAUUUACAAAAUAAUGCCCCAUGUUUCCAGAGUAUAGUACCGAAAUUUGUACGUACAAAUAGAAGGUGAAAUAAUGUCUGAGUUUAUUUAAACUGCUUAACACUGAUCUUUGUAGCUUGAUGUUUUCUCUAGUUGUAAAUAAAAACAGAAUUAUUUCAAACUCAAUUACAAUUUUAAAUCGCAUGACUUUACAUUUCAAUUUGAUAAUGGAUAGUAUUUCAUGACAAUCUUUAUCCGUUAGAUAACUAGAAACGGUCUGUACUGUUUUGCUGAUGUAGCGUAAAAUUCAUGAAAUUUGAACAAAAACUAUCUUAAGUUAAAAUUAAUAAUUUAAAAAAGUCGCCAACGAUUGGUGAUUUUUAAUGAACAAACUACUGAUGAAGUUGAACGAAAUUAUAUCCAACCUCUCAACAUCACACAAAAAAUUCGUUUUUAUCGAAGAACGAAGGAAGGAGAAUUGUUAUACGUUAUUCUUUACUUUUAAUCUUAAGUUCUCAAAAAUAAUUUUCAGAAAAACUGAUUUUUUUAAAGCUGUUCAAUAGUGGUUUGUCCAUAAAAAAAACGAGCAUCUUAAGAAAGAACAUGGGGAGUUUUUCCGGUUUCUGGUGCUAAAGAGGUUAUAAGGAGACUUGUAUUAAUAUAAUGUUUUAUUUCUCAAACACAUCAAAGUGUAUAAUUUCAGAUCUCUAUGUUGAAUUCAAAACUAAGCGUGAAUAGCCCUUUUGACAAUUAUUUUAUUUCAUUGUAUCUAUUUAAGGCUAUGUUGUUGUUGUUGUUGUUGUUUUGUGAAGAAGUAGAGAAAGAAAGUAACUCAUAUUUAAACUUAAUCAUAAACAAUACUUACAGUCCAUAAGUGUGUUAUCUGAGAACUGACGUAACAGCAUCUUUAUUUCUAAAGGAAAGUUUUUAGAUACACUGAAAUUUGUGUGAUCAUCACAACUUACUAUUUAGAUCUACUGAAAAUAUUUAUUUAUCAACAUAAUACGUUGACCACAUUCAUGUUUAGGAUAAUCCAAGAUAUAACCCAAAUCCGUAGCAAAAUCUCAUAUGGCGGGACGUUGCUACAAAUUACGCCACUCUGAAGACGUGGUAUGCUAAGUGCCGUAUCUAAGUAAACCUACAUCAAGAAGUCUUAAGAUCAUAGUGCACUUUUAUCAUAUAGCAAUCAAGUAGCAUUGAAUGUUUCAAUCAGAACACGUGCAUCAAUAACUGACUGGUUGAUUAUCAAGAAAGCAAUCUGUAGAUUAGGUAACAAAAUAUUUUAUUAAGGUCUCAGCAAAGUAGAAUAUUUUACAAAGCAUAUUAUAAAGGAAUUAACCAAUUAACUUUAAAUGACUAAGUGUUUCAUCCAGGAUCUAAUCUAGCAGCAGUAAGUUACUACGUGUCUCAUCCAGGAUCUAAUCUAGUAGCGUAAAUUACUACGUGUCUCAUCCAGGAUCUAAACUAGCAACAGUAGGUUACUAUGUGUCUCCUCCUGAAUCUAAUCGAGCAGCAGUAAGUUAUUACGCGUCCAGUAUAGAAGUAUAUUGCUAAGAGUGUUGUUAAUGAGAUCAUAAGCUUCAGAAAGUGAUUAGGUGUCUCAUCAAUGACGCGGUAUGAUUGUAGUCAGUGGUCAUGCGUAUCCCCACAGUAGUCUUCCAUCGUGAUUAUUGUGAUCACACCUAUAGAACGAAGAUUUUGAAAGAAGUAAAAUGCCACCAUUGAUAGUUUUCGUCUGAGCACUAACUUCAAUGAUUAAUAACUUAUAGUCACGUAAAUACGCGUACACUUGUUAAUUCAGUCUCAUGCACUUGUUUACAGUAUAUAUAUAUAUUAGAUGUAAACUCUAACAGUAUCUUGACACUUUCUAUCAAAGGUAGGUUACAUGUUUGGGAAAGGAUGUUUAAGAGAGCUUAAAGCUCAGAUAACGAUAUAUAAUUUGCCACUUGAUUUCAAGUAUUAGCUUAGAUUUAUAUCAAGAUGGUUCUUACGCGAUUUUGUAGCCUGGAUUUAUUAAUAUGAUUCACGCAUACGCUGAAGAUGUUGGACAAACAUGCGUAGUACAUGCUGCUACAUGUAAAUUGAUAUCACUCAUUUUCAUGUUAUAUGUUAUGCACGUAUAUUAUCUUUAGUUUAGUAUCCGUUUCUAAAGUCCAAGUUGGAAAGACAAUAAGAAAAUCACCGGUUAGUUUUAAAAGAACUCUGUAGUUAUCAUACAUAGAGUUAUGAGCUCAAGUUGGUAGUUGCUUUCCGUUCAGAGCAGUUGUGAUUUCGCAGAAUUAUCACACUGUAGCCAGCGAAAAUGAGAGUUUUUCAUUCGACAGAAAUUUCCUAGGUGAUAACAUUUGAGAUAUCACAGAGAAACAAAAUAACUAAAUCCAAUAUAUAGAGCAUUUAUCUGAAUUGUAUGUCACACUAAUGCUCUUUGAAAGUAAGCCAUCUAUUUAGCUUCUGUAUUCGGAAGAAGAAACACUACAGCGUUAGAUCCUAUGUCAACAGCCUAUUGAGACGUAGAAUUUCAAGUCUAUUUAACAAAAACGCUACUUUUCAAACUUCAAUCGAUAAUUAAAUGUUUACAUAAUAAAUAUUAACAGUGUGAAUCUUUAUAUCUUGAUUAGGUCUGAGCAGGCGCAAUAAUCUCUAAAUUUAACGAACUUCUAUGUCACAGGUUAAUGCUUUAGGUCGACUUGUUUGAGUAAGCCAGCACACUAUUUUCUGUACCACACCCCAUUCGUAAAUCACAUGUGGAACAAACACGCUUCAUUUGAAAAGAAAUACACCAGUAUUUCUUUAAUAAAGAAACGAGAAAAUUGAGAUAUUUAUAUAAACCUGCAAAUACAAACCUAGAUAGCUACCAUGCUGUCUGACAGAGUUUUCUUUUACCAAAACGGGCACGUACGUAAACCAAUAUUUUAGUUGUGUUAGAGCUUAUACUUGAGAAUAAAUAAUAUAACAUUUUUGGGGUUAAAUAGCAUGAUAUAUUUAGUAAUAGCUGAGUGUUACAACAUUCAUUACGUGUUGUUUACGAUGCACUAAUGUUAUCAUAGGAAACCACUUAAGGAGAAUGACUAUAUUUCUCUGACUUCUUUAUAUAAAGUUACCUGAUACAUAGCGUUAUUGAUAAAUAUUGAAAUAUAUAAAAUUUUAAUUAGAUAUCUAUGUAUACAUAUAUGUUGUAAUUAUACAUUGUUACACCAUUACUAUUGUAUUCUUGAAAUAUAUAUAUAUAUAUAUCUAUGUAACACAGGUGUUAUAUUCUCUUUUGACAGAUUCAAGUCUAAGCAACUGACAGUGGUCAGUUUACUAUUACACCUUUUUUCUCUCAGAUUAAUGUGUUCUAGAAUAACAGAGAGAGUUGUGAGAAAUAUACUACACUUAGUUGUUCAGUUUUUUUUUUAACUUGAUCAUCUCAUGUUCAUUAUUCUUUCCAAUUUCUUUGAAACAUGUUUAAUGUCUUUAACAUUACGUGUUGGUAUUAAUCGUUUUGAGACUUUUUUAUGUUUUAAAAUUUACGAAGUUCAUAGAGGUAGUUUUGAUAACACUGUAUCUUAAUGAUAAAUAUAGUUAUUGUUUAUUUCAUUUUCAUGGAGAAGAGAAAUGGUCUUUUUAUUGUGAACAUAUUUUUUGUAUAUCCGCUACAUGAUUAACACGGUAUGUAUCUAAUAAUGUUUCUUUGUGAAGUCUGAGGAAAUGUUUCGUUCUUUUCUGCUUAGUUUGAAGUGGUUGUUGUUGAGCGCGGAGCUACACAACAGACAGCUAUCUGUGCUCUGCCCACCAUGGGUAUCGAAACUCGAUUUUUAGCGUCGUAAGCCUGCAGACCUACCGCUGAACCACUGGAGGGCUUUACGUUAAGAACUGACAGUGCUUAAUUCCGGCCAGAUCUCUCUGAACUUGGGAUCUAGAAUUUGUUCAGGACUUUUUUUCUUGUAAAUUUAAAGGCAAAAACACUAGUGAAUUUUAAGACUGCCUCGUUUACAUUAUGAGUUGAUAUUUAACUGACGUUGUCAAUUACAUCCCUUCUUUCCACCAAUCACAAAUAGUAGUUUCAACAACCUUUAAACUGUUAUCUUUAAAAACUCAAAACUAUCAUCUCCAUCUGCCAAUAGAGCUCCGGUCUCCUUUUCUUCUUCUUUUUCUAUAAAUUAAGCACUGUUUAAGAAGGUACACGAAAGUGAUCGAAACACUGUCCUCAUACUUAUACAGCGAUUGCCCUUAGAAACCUUUGAAUAUUUCUACAACAACCCCAAAGAAUGUUUGAUACAGAUGAACAGGUUACAAUGAUCUAUGAGCUGACGUUUAACGUUCGUGUUGAAGUACAAACUGGGGGAAGUGUAUGAGAAGCUGCUGUGUUUGCAGAGUUUGAUUUGAAACUUCAGUGAGUAGUUUUAGUUGUUCUUGUUCAAAAUGUGUUUCUUAGAACGUUCAUCAGGGAAGUUUUUAGAUGAAAAGAAACUUGGCAUUGAAUAUGUUCACAUUGAAAAGACAUAAGCAUUUUUCAGAUGGUGUCAACUUGAUAAGGUAGACUAACUAGUUAAGGUAGCAUUAAAAACGACAUGAGUUUAUGUAUAUGCUGUGCAGCAAACAUAGUUUUCGCUUCUUCAAUAAAAUUUAUUUAUAGUCGUU